AUGAAGGGUGCAAUUCUUAAAAGCCUAAUUUCUUUUCUCAUCUUAAGCACUCUAGUUAAUGCCACACAAAAUCAGGAUGUGCAUAUUAUAGAGAAAUCCUCUGGAAAUAAUGCACUACUUUUGGCAGAUUUCUUGGUUAAUAUUGACCUUAGUUCAAGAGUCACAGUUCAUAGUGGCAAGUCUGUUGUCACCAGAGAUGAUAUCAGAAAUAAAUAUAAAAAUGAACAAAUUGGGCAAUGUUAUGAUGCUAUAUGGAACUUUACAAUGCAUAUGAGGGAAGGUCACUACAAGAAAAUGGCUCUUUACUCUUUCUCUGACAUCGGAGACGUGGGAGACUACGAUGGCUGAACGUCACUUAGUGAGUAUGCAGAAUAUAAUUACAUGAAUGUGAAUUUAACUAAACUUCCAAUCGAUGUCCGAUCUGGCCUUUGAUUUCCAAAAGAAUGAAAACAGUGGAUGAUGGAUAAGGCUGCAGACCCUCUUUCAGAAACUGCAUUCCAAAUCAUCCAGGCUAUCGGAUGGGUCACAAGUCUUGAAUUUAUCAAGAAGUACCAAGUAGGUGCAGAGAUAUCUUUUAUACAGCCUAAUACGUGGCGAGAAACUCAAGUAAACCAGAGAUCGAUCGGAGCUAUUGUGGUUUUAUCAUUCAUGGCUUCUCUUGCAUUCUUUGUUGUAUCACUCAGUAUAUUAUUACAUUUAUGAAAAUCAGACCAGGAUAGGGGUAACGGAAAGCUUAAAAUUAUCAAAGAGAAAGAAUUAUUACUAAGCAAAGAAGACGACUUUGGAGGCCUUCUUCUAUCAAAUGAUGACCAUCAAAGUGUCAGUGAGUUUCCUACACUUCCAAAUAGCAACUGGAAUACUAAUAAUGCAGAUCCUUUCAAUUUAGGAUUUUCUCCAAGGAAGCUGACCUCACCGAAGAAUCAAUUACUAACAGAUUACACGUCUAUCACUCCAAGAAGUGAUUUUGUUUCAUCUGAAGCAUCUACGGAUGUCUUCUUGCACAAGAAGCAACCAGAGGUUAGGCUAAUUGUCAGGGAGAAGUACAAAGGAUCAUUUUUCAGCAACAUUGUUGCCUGAUUUAGCCUUCAAAGAAAUAUUUUCUCCUUACAUAAACCGAUCAACAAAUUUGAAGAUGAUGAAGACUUAGCCUUUAUUGACGGAAUGAGAGUUCUGACUAUGUUCUGGGUAAUCCUCGCUCUUACUGCUGUCUAUUGUCUUAUAUGAAAUCUCAGUGACCCCAUUGUAAUCUUUUCUUAUUUUAGUGGAUAUCCUUUUGCAAUGUUAUCAGCCUGAUUCAUCACUCCUGAAUUAUUCAUAUUCUACAUUUUCUUCCUUGGGUUCAUUUAUAUGGCAAGAUUUUAUGACAUGAAUGGUGGCAUUGGCUUCACAGACUAUAUCCGGUUCUACAUCCACAGAUUCCUCAAGCUUGCUCCAAUGUACUACCUGGUGUUUUUCUUCACUUGGUUCGUAUACCCUUUGAUAUUCACGAGCCCAGGAUGGUUUGUAUCAGAAAGGUUUUCAACAAAUUGAGAGACUGAAUGGCCUUUUGUUUUAACAUUCCUGAAUAACUUAAUUCCUUUCUUCACCCAAGCUCUUAAUGGAUGCUACUAUUGGCCGUAUGUCGUUCCAAAUGAUAUGCUUCUGCAUAUUUUCUUUCCUCUUCUAGUGAUAUUGUACAAGAAGAGGAGGAAACUAUUCUAUCUGACAACUGUAGUCAUUCUUAUAGGUGGAUUCAUUAUAGAUUUUAUAAUAACUCUAAAGAACAAAUUACGAGUAGGAAUCCUUACCUUUGAAGAUUACUACUUGUUCGCAUGCUUUUAUAACAAGCCUUACACAAAGCUGCCCAUUCUUUCCUGAGGUAUGGGGAUGGGAGCCUUCUAUUUAAGGUUGAUAAAGUACCGAAAAGCUCCAGUACUUGAGAAAAAGAAUGAAUAUUGCUUUAUUCAUUUUAUGCAUACUUCUUGGCUUUUUACUAUAUUUUUGUAUGCAUAUUCCUUCUGAAUUAUCAAUUUCAUUAAUUUCAUCCAAGUUUCCUCGAACAAGAAUGGAUACAGCUGGAGAAUGGAUGAAAAUGGAUUCUUCUUUGCUUUCAGCAGGUUUGGCUACAUUAGUGGUAUUAUGGCAAUUAUAGUCAACAUUCUGACAGGAAGAGGAAAAUAUAUCAAGGUUAUGCUGUCGUAUUAUUGCUGGAGGCCUCUUUCUAGGCUUACCUUCACAGCAUAUCUGAUAUUUCCAUUAGUAAUCGGAGCUGCUAUCUUCGAUACAAGAAAAAGUUUAUACGCAACUUAUUCAAGAGCAGCCAUCAGCAUGAUGUCUUCAAUUAUUUUAACUUACGUAUUUGCCUUAUUUGGAUUUCUUUUGUUUGAGAAGCCUAUGGAGAAUCUAAAAAAUUAUCUAAAAUAUCUCAUAUUUGGGGUCGAAUCCCUCAGAUUUAUUCCAAAGAGUGAAAGACUUGAGACUAUUUCUGAUAAAAUCUCAAAGGAAGAUUUUAACAAAAAGGGAGUCUAAUGAAUAACUUUUUAACCGCAUUCAAAUUUCAUUCAAUUACCCAUUUUUC